GUGUUUCGAUUUUAAAGAAUCGCAGUAAAAUAUAAUUAAAAUCCCCGAUAACAAGUACAAGUUUACGGUGACCUUCCGUGAUAAUAAGUGUCAUAAAUUACUACGCCAGUCCCGCCUUGAGAGAGAAAAACAACACAAUUCCUUUUUUAUUAGAAAGGGAGUUAAAAUAAUUGAAACAUUUUUUAUCAAUCGGUCCAAACUAAUAAGAAAUAUGUAAAAGUAUUUUUCCUCGCUCUAUCUGCCCAGCGGGCACAAAAUCAUCGGAACUGAGAACUGUUUGUUGACAUUAGUACGUCAUACGGCCGUGUUGUAGACCGCUCUACUGAGUCGCAUCUCGCGCUUUUAAAAUAAAUUACCUGCAUUUACACAUAAGUUCCACGUUACAUCUGUACAGUGAAAGCGUUAAAGUGUAUCAUUGACAUUGUUAGAUUGAGCGUAUUACGAAUAGCGAAGUUAUUGUGAAUGAACAAAAAGAGCGGGGAAAAUCUGUGCAAAUGUCGCUUGUUCGGCUAUUUUUAGCUAUACACACGGCGCGAUAACCAUGUUUUAAACAUUUUUGUGUGUUAACAUUAGAAUACUAUGCAAUUAUCGAAUGUAAAUGGAAAAUAAUUUUGAAAUAAUCAAGUUUUAAUCGCUGAAUUGACUUAUUAGAAAAGCGAAGGCGCCUAAACACGUUUGACAGUUCUAACCACACACAGAGACAGCCGGCGUACGGCGCAUGUGUGCGUAAACACGGCGAAGUGAUGUGAAAUUGUUGCGCUUAUCGAUUAGUAAGAUAAUUUCAAGGACAUUUUUAUACAAGUCUUGCAUUUUUAUAUACAAAUAUGAAUGUCAUAAGUCAAAUAUGAUAUAUUAACAUUAACUAUAUUUCUUUAAUCAUGGAGUCGCUUAAAGAGGAAGUAAAAAGUUUUGACACUGAGACAAGUAGUGGGUUAGCAACAGGUUGUGAUGCAGGACUUUCCGAAAAUUUAAAGGGACCUGAUGCGUUCUUGACAAAUAUUGACAAUGUCUCUAUAAUUGGAGAAAACGUUGUUGUUGGAGGUAGAGAUUUAUCUCUAGAACCCAAUAAUAUUGGCCCAAGUGAAUUAGGGGACACUUUUCCGGACAUGGAAACACCAAACAUUCUAGAAUCGCCAAUGCUAGAAUAUGAACACGUACAAAUUAUAGACGUAGAGGACAAUAAUAUUACAGACGCACAAAAUUCAGAAAGUUCAAGGGUGGAAAAAGAAGAAUCUUUUGACGCACAAAAACCGGAAACUUUAGAUGUAAAGAUGCCAGAAAUUUUAAACGUACAAAAACCAGAAUCUUUGGAAGUACAAACGGAAACUUUAAAAGCGAACAAAUUAAAUGCUCUAGACAUAAAAAUUCCACAAUCACCACAAAAGUCAGGACCAAAAUCACCACAAAUAUCAGACACGCCAAAACUAACUGAAGAUCCAGAAAAAUCUAAGCGACAUAAACUUUUAAAACUAACAAUGACAAAGAAUAAAGACGAUGUUUUCGUGAGACCAUCGCCAAUAGCAGAGAUUAUGUCUCCCGCAAGAAUGCUACAAUUUGAAAUUGACGUAACUACAAGCUCAACACCUACUAUGAAACGUGCUGCUAUUGAUUUUAAUUUUUUCAACGAAAAUAAUUUUGAGGAAUACUUUACUGACGUACCUAAAAAUGCCGAUGAAAAGGUGAAAACUGAAGAAGGACCGUUCAUAGAGACACCGGUUAUUGUAAAAACCGAUACUGUGCGGCACGAAAUUGGCUAUGUCAAUCUGAACGGCGCAUCAAAAGUGGACAUAUCACAUUUUGAUUUACUCAAAGUUCUCGGUACUGGAGCUUACGGGAAAGUGUUCCUAGUUAGAAAGAGAUGUGGCGUGGACGAGGGCAAACUGUACGCGAUGAAAGUAUUGAAGAAAGCUUCAAUUGUACAGAAACUGAAGACCGCGGAACACACGAGGACCGAAAGACAGGUUUUGGAAGCUGUGAGAGCGUGUCCUUUCCUUGUCACCCUACACUACGCCUUUCAAACAGACGCCAAGCUACAUUUAAUAUUAGAUUACGUAGCUGGUGGCGAAUUGUUCACACAUUUAUACCAGAGGGAACACUUCCAUGAAAACGAGGUCCGGAUAUACAUCGCGGAGAUUAUAUUGGCCUUAGAACAGUUGCAUAAGCUUGGCAUCAUCUACCGAGACAUCAAAUUAGAGAAUAUCUUACUGGAUGCUGAAGGCCACAUCGUGCUGACUGACUUUGGUUUAUCCAAAGAGUUCUGCGGUGGAGAGAGUCGAGCAUACAGCUUCUGUGGUACCAUUGAAUAUAUGGCGCCCGAAGUAGUCAGGAGUGGCAGCCAGGGUCAUGAUAUUGCAGUGGACUGGUGGUCAGUGGGCGUCCUUACAUAUGAGCUACUCACGGGCGCGUCUCCCUUCACCGUUGAGGGUGAGAGGAACACGCAGCAGGAGAUCACCAAGAGGAUAGUACGCUGCAGUUACCCCGUGCCCAAUGAAGUCAGCCCUCAAGUACAGGAUUUUAUUAAGAAGCUCCUGGUGAAAGACCCAAGACGACGUUUGGGCGGCGGCGAAGGUGACGCUGAGGAACUCAAGAGACAUCCCUUCUUCCAGGAACUGGACUGGGGCGCGGUCUCCCGGAGAGAAGUUGCCGCCCCCUUCGUGCCCGCGUUGUCGCACGCGGCGGACACGUGCAACUUCGCGGACGAGUUCACUCGCAUGCCGCCCACCGACUCGCCUGCGCAGGCGCCGCGACAUCACGAUAAAUUGUUCCUAGGUUACUCGUACGUGGCGCCGAGCAUAUUGUUCUCAGAGAACAUAAUAUCUGAUCAGAUUUGGAUGCAGGCGACAGGACAGAAGCAUGAUAAACUCAAAGGAUGGGUGGCUAAGGACUCUCCAUUCUUCCAAAAGUACGCAGUAGACCUGAGCACUCCUCUGUUGGGGGACGGCUCCUACUCUGUCUGCAGGAAGUGCAUACACAGGCAGACGGGCAAAGAAUAUGCUGUUAAGAUAAUCUCAUCACAAAAGAAGGACGUGAAGCAAGAAAUAGAACUGCUGAAGGCAUGUCAGGGAUGUCCAUACAUUAUCACACUGCACGAAGUCUUCCAUGAUUCUGCAUUCACAUACAUAGUGAUGGAGCUAGCUAGCGGUGGUGAGCUGAGCGGGCACUUUGGUGCAGCCGGGCUUGGGGAGCAGGUGGCGCGCCGGCUGCUCACACAGCUCGCCCUCGCUACACGGCACAUGCAUGCUCGGAGAACUGUGCACAGGGACCUUAAGCCUGAGAAUAUUCUGCUGACAUCGUCCCGCUUGCACGAGGCUCGUGUCAAGGUGGUGGACUUUGGUUUCGCGCGACGUCUGCCCGACCACGACGACCGGCCGCGGAUGAUGACGCCUUGCUUCAGUUUGCCGUACGCUGCUCCGGAGGUGGUGUCGUGUGCGCGCUCCUCCUCCGCGCCCGGCUACGGCCCCGCCUGCGACCUCUGGAGUUUAGGAGUUAUAUUUUACUGCAUGCUGUGCGGCAAGGCUCCGUUCCAGCCGGUGUCCAACAAGGAGCCGGUCACCGCCUUCAUGGACAGGAUCAGAACUGGAAGCUUCACUAUGGAUGGUGCGGUGUGGGAGGAGAUAUCAAGUGACAGCAAGCGGCUGGUGCGCGGCCUGCUGUGUGCGGAGAGCGCGCGCCUCGCCCUGCCCGACCUGCUGGCCGCGCUCGGCUGCAGCGAGGACAGCGCCGCAUUCAAACUCGCUGAUAUGACCAAAGCUGAUCUAUACAAACGUCGACGUAGCAAGAACAAGCAGAGGAAGUCUAGCUCUGAUACAGAGGGCGCCCUCGAGGGAGACGACACACAAGAGUCAUCCCUCCUCCUAACCAUAAACAACCUCAAGAGCAGAAUGAACAAAAAUUCCAUAGAGCACGACGUGGAACUAAUACGUGCUAACACGCAGGACACGCCCCUUACAGAACAGGACCAGCCCACUUAUGAUACAGACGAAGUACCCACGGUCAAACCUGUAGAAAAGACCUACGCAAAAUCUAGAUCCAAAUUAGAUGACUACAUUUAUAUAGAAAGCAGUCAGGGUCUAGAUGAAACAGAAGUCGCUUUCCCCAAAGGAAGCAGGAUAAAGAAGAAAGAAUCACAAUCGCCACCAACUAAACGGCGGAGAAUCGAAACUCGACAAUCAAAGAAACUCAACGGCGAUACACAGAAACCACCGACUCCAAAACGUGGGAGAGGAAGACCAAGAAAGAGUCCGCAAGAGAAAAGAGUCCUAAGAAGUAAAAGCGUAGAGAAGAAGACAAGAGCCACAAAUGAAUCGAUCGAAAAUGACAAAAACACAAAAGUGACACGAAAAAGGAAACGAGAAGAAACCAAACCGGUACUAAGAGAGAAAGGUCAGAACGGACAUUCUUCUAGAAUUAGCGAGGAGAAGAAGACUAGGAAAAUUGUUAGAGCUAAAAGAGAAUUACCACAGAUUAAUAUAGAAGAUAAUGUUAGAAUGACUCGUUCUAGACGGAGAAGAAUGGAGAUCAGUCUGUCUCCUUCUCAAGUCAAGAGCGUGAUACCAACAUUCUCUUUCGAAUCGGAUCGUAGAGUCGAUUCCGUGGAAAGUGUUACAAAUACCAAAGGCAAAAGAAAGACGCAAAGCAAAGCUAAAAAGACACCGGUUAGAACGACGCGCGCAUCCAAGCGUAGGUGAAAGUAAUAUUAUCCGGUUUGCGUCUUUGACACACAUCGGUCAUGUCAUCACAGACAAAGCUAUGUAAAUAAGUGGGCAUAAGUCGGCUCACUAGCGCCCUCCUCUUUGUACUGUAGUUGUCAUGUCAUUUUUGUCUUUUAUGUAUUUUUCUAUGUGUAAGUAUCUUUUAUAUAUAUUCUGACAGAACCAAACGAGAUGGUAACGCCUCUCAGUUCAGAUAUCCUUGUUGGUCUGUAUAGUGUGACUAUUAGUUGAGACUUGUUACUUCGAUGUUUCAAAAGUUUAAGCAAUUUUUCUUAUAAAACUCUUAUGUUACUUACAAUUAACUGAUUUUUAAGUUGAUUCUGGUUAAUUAUGCUUUAAAAGAAAUGGUGAAAAUAUUUCUCAGUCCAAAUGUACUUUUAACCGUAUUCUGUUUUUACAAUAUAAAAAUCUGUAAGACUAUAUAGUGUUGUCUCUUUCUUAUCUCAAAGAGAAUGACAGAGAUAGGAAACACUGGUCAAUAAUGUCAAUUUUUCUUAAUAAAUAUUUGACAACGAUGUAAUACAAUUUUGAAAUCAGUUUAAUUUACAUAUAAAUCAAAUUUUGACGUGACUGAUGUGUGAACGUGAACAUUUACCGGAUCGUUAUAGUAUAAGAUUUUAUUUAAAUAUAACUUUACGAUAUGUUACUUAUAAAUUAAAAUUUAACUUUAAAACAAAAUAUCUUUAUUUGUUGGUAAUAUGUCAUAAAGGUAUUGUUUAAAAAAAAAUCUUAUAGUAUAGUAAAAAGUAAUUCAAAAUGGCGUCGUAACCGUCAAAUUCCAAAUAUCCGAAAGAGGAAUAGUGAUUUUGAUAUUUAAAUGGACGCUUGCUCACGCGUAGAAUAAUAAAAUAAAAAUGGUUUUAAAAAAAAUUAUUAAAAAAUCUAUUUAUUCGAACGGAUUGUAUAAAACCAUACUUUGGUGUAUUCAAACUGUUUUUUUUUUUUGUAUUUUCUAAUUUAAUACUUACGUUACUAUUAAUUUUAGGACAACUCCCGUUUUCCCCUAAUUACCAUUAGUUUUUAAUUAAUUAACGUUGUUUAUUAUAUAUUUUUUUUAGUUAAUAGUUUAAAUUAAUUGUAUUUUAAGUAUUUUUGGGCGUGGUUGUCUUGUUAGAUGAAAUUCCUCUUUACCUAUCACCAUCCAUUUUAUGUGCAUGCAUAGAUACGUAAUCCGGAGCAAAAAAUGAGGCAAAAAUAUCUCCGGGGCAUUUUUUUGGGGAAAAUUUCCUCAGUGUUGCCGUUUAGAAUACAAAAUGACAUUUGGAAAAUCGACUCUUUAUUAGACGUCAAAUUUGUAUGAAACACUCGUAUAUCUAUGUUUGCAAAGAUUAUAAAUUACCAACCAAAACGCUUCUACGAUUUAUAUAUGACUUCAUUUUUUUUAAAUAAUAAUUUUCGAUGAAUUUGAAAUGAUUUUAAUCAAAUUUACAAUUGCCUUUAUUUUUAAUUACAAUCUGCUCGUCUGUAUGUGUUGUCUAUUGUUAUAUUUAUCGUUGUACAGAUGUGCGUCAUUUUUAAAAUAUUUAUUUAUAGAGAAAAAAAAAUCUUAGACAAUUCUAACGUAUGAAAUUUAGUCACAUAAUCCACUGAAUGCUUUGACUGAAGUUAUCUGUAUUUUUACAAUAAAAAAACAUGUAAAGUUAAUAAUUAUUAAUUCAUAGUU